GGCUGUUGCUGAAGCGCCUUGGCUCGCCUCCUUUGUCCCGGCGGCGGAGGAGGAGGAGGACGCCCGCCUGCCUCGCUCCGGUCGCGGCGGGGCCGGCCAUGUAUCCCCAAGGGCGGCACCCGGCACCUCACCAGCCUGGCCAGCCAGGCUUCAAAUUCACGGUUGCAGAGUCCUGCGACAGGAUUAAGGACGAGUUCCAGUUUCUGCAGGCUCAGUACCACAGUCUUAAAGUGGAGUAUGAUAAGCUUGCAAGCGAAAAGACAGAAAUGCAGCGUCACUACGUGAUGUACUACGAAAUGUCUUACGGUUUAAACAUCGAAAUGCACAAGCAGACGGAGAUUGCAAAAAGACUGAACACAAUUCUAGCACAGAUCAUGCCUUUUCUGUCACAAGAGCACCAACAGCAAGUGGCUCAGGCUGUUGAGCGUGCCAAGCAGGUCACGAUGACGGAGCUGAAUGCCAUCAUCGGGGUACGUGGAGUUCCCAAUCUGCCUCUCACCCAGCAGCAGCUCCAGGCCCAGCACCUCUCCCAUGCCUCUCAUGGGCCCCCGGUUCAGCUGCCCCCUCACCCGUCCGGGCUGCCACCACCUGGGAUCCCGCCAGUCACGGGGAGCAGCUCGGGGCUCUUGGCGCUCGGGGCCCUCGGUGGCCAAGCCCACUUGACUGUGAAGGAUGAGAAGAACCACCACGACUUGGACCACCGAGAUCGCGACUCCAGCGCAAACAAUUCCAUUUCCCCAUCAGAGAGCUUGAGAGCCUCCGAGAAGCACCGGAGCUCCGCGGACUACAGCAUCGACUCCAAGAAACGGAAGGCAGAGGAGAAAGACAGCAUGAGCCGAUAUGACAGUGAUGGUGACAAGAGCGACGACCUGGUGGUGGACGUCUCCAAUGAGGAUCCUGCUACUCCUCGGGUGAGCCCUGCUCAUUCGCCUCCUGAGAAUGGGCUAGACAAAGCCCGGGGCCUGAAGAAGGAUGGUCCAAACAGCCCUGCCUCCGUCGCCUCGUCCAGCAGCACUCCCUCGUCCAAGACGAAAGACCUCAUCCAUAACGAUAAAUCGUCCACCCCGGGGCUCAAGUCCAACACUCCCACGCCACGGAACGAGGCGCCCACGCCUGGGACGAGUACGACGCCGGGCCUCCGGCCAAUGCCUGCCAAGCCGUCGGGGAUGGAUCCCUUGGCAUCUGCACUGAGGACCCCCCUCUCAAUAGCCGGCUCCUACGCCACCCCCUUUGCUAUGAUGGGGCACCAUGAAAUGAACGGCUCCCUCUCCAGCCCCGGGGCCUACGCAAGCCUUCACAACAUCCCGCCACAGAUGACGGCCGCUGCCGCCGCUGCCGCUGCCGCCGCCUACGGCCGGUCUCCCAUGGUGAGCUUUGGAGCUGUUGGGUUUGACCCCCACCCGCCGAUGAGGGCCCCUGUCCUGCCCACCAGCCUGGCAUCCAUUCCCGGUGGCAAGCCAGCGUACUCGUUCCACGUCAGCGCUGAUGGGCAGAUGCAGCCUGUCCCGUUUCCUCACGACGCCCUCGCUGGGCCCGGCAUCCCCCGGCACGCCCGUCAGAUCAACACCUUGAGCCACGGCGAAGUGGUGUGUGCCGUGACCAUUAGCAACCCAACCAGACACGUGUACACUGGGGGCAAAGGAUGCGUGAAGAUCUGGGAUAUCAGCCAGCCGGGCACUAAAAGCCCCAUCUCACAGCUGGAUUGCUUGAACAGGGACAACUACAUCCGCUCCUGCAAGCUCCUCCCCGACGGGCGCACGCUGAUCGUGGGCGGGGAGGCAAGCACGCUCACCAUCUGGGACCUGGCCUCGCCCACUCCGAGGAUCAAGGCGGAGCUGACCUCCUCCGCCCCCGCCUGCUACGCCCUGGCCAUCAGCCCAGACGCCAAGGUGUGCUUCUCCUGCUGCAGCGAUGGCAACAUUGCCGUCUGGGAUCUCCACAACCAAACGCUGGUCAGGCAGUUCCAAGGGCACACCGAUGGGGCCAGCUGCAUAGAUAUAUCCCAUGACGGCACCAAGCUCUGGACCGGCGGCUUAGACAACACCGUGCGCUCUUGGGACCUCCGGGAGGGAAGGCAGCUUCAGCAGCAUGACUUCACCUCCCAGAUCUUCUCGCUGGGCUACUGCCCGACAGGCGAAUGGCUGGCGGUGGGCAUGGAGAGCAGCAACGUGGAGGUGCUGCACCACACCAAGACCGACAAGUACCAGCUCCACCUCCACGAGAGCUGCGUCCUCUCGCUGAAGUUCGCCUACUGUGGGAAGUGGUUUGUGAGCACCGGGAAAGACAACCUCCUCAACGCCUGGAGGACCCCUUACGGAGCAAGCAUCUUCCAGUCGAAAGAAUCUUCCUCCGUCUUAAGCUGCGACAUUUCGGCGGACGACAAAUACAUUGUGACGGGCUCUGGUGACAAGAAGGCCACUGUCUACGAGGUGAUCUAUUGAGCCGGGGGGGGGGCAGCUGCGGGGCCCUCGCGCUCCAGGGGGGGCUGUGGCCUGCCGAGGCGAUGCCGUGACUCCGGCCGGUGGACUCACCAUGGAGGGCCGCCGAGUGUCCCUUCCAUGCUCUCGUGGAGUUACGUGACCUGCGUGGAUCUUCCGCGUGGCCUUGGAAUGACUCUGGCGGAUCCAGCUCUGAGGGUCACCUGAGGCCCUCGCCGGCUUGAGUUUUUUCUGGAUUUUCAGUUCUUGGUUCUCGUGCCUGUGAAGGAGAGGCGAACGUCACGGAUUUUCUUUCAGCAGAGACACGUGGUUCUUGUCUCUCCAUAAGACUUGUGGGAAAUGUAAAUAGUGGAUGAGUUUAACAGGGCGGGGCGCCCCUUCUGGUCCACCAUGCCAGCUGUGUAUUUUUCUUUUCCUUUGGUCUGCUGUAACUGUAUUCCACUUGGGUUUGGGUUUCGUUCCGGUGGCGGCCACCCGUCCCCUCCCUCAACCACUCCACGCGUUCAUUUGGAGAUACUCUACCGCCCCGCAACGUGGGCCCAGCUGGGGCAAAGCUGUCCUCUGCGGAACGGUUUCGGGCGCCGUACGUGUGAAUCGUCCGUUGCGUCGUUCUGAGACUUGAGCACCGUACGGACUGGAUUUUGGAUUGCGGUUGGACUUUCAGCUGCUGACGGCAACGUCAACAAGAAUGAUCACAUUCUUCUGUAGGUUUUUUAAAGCACUUGUGCAUUUGGAGCGGCACGAAGUCUGCCUCCAGGUGGGCUUUUGAUCGCGCCCGUCGCAGCCUUCAGGCCUGGACACCGAGGGAGGGUUUUCAAGAAAGCAACGUUUCAACGAUACGCUCAGGGAGCCAAGAAAAAGAUAAUAGCAACUUGUGUGGGAUUUUUUUUUAUUCCAAUGAAAGUAAAGUAAUAGAGAGGAUAAUGUUUUAAAUACAGGUGUUUUUUGUUUUUGUUUUUUUAAAAAGUUUUACUAACAGAUACGGUUUCUGUAUGGUGGGGGCCGGGGGCAGUGUACGGUGGGUUUUACGUGGCUUUGGCAGUCUUCUCUCUUUCAGCCUGUGGGCGCAAGCAAAAGUUGAGGGGUGGCGGGCGGGAGCCCCAUCUUCUGGCAUUUUUGUACUAAAGGAGUAAAUAAAAUUUAAACACGGGAAAUCUACAUAUUUGCGUAGCAGAAGAUCUUGCCCUGUAAUGUAGCAUAUGGGAGAGAAUUUUUAUACCACAUUUUUAUGGAUUAUUUUUUAAUUUUUGAUUUUGAUCUGGUUAAAAAAAAAGUAACUAUGGCUUAAAGGUGAAAACCUGUCUGUUUUUAUUAAAGGCCACGUCAGUGCAUAAAGGAAGAUGGAGUGAAAAA